UAAAAACCAAUUAAGACAUAACGCGGGACUUUCGAAUGUUGUUUUGUCCAAUCAGGAGAGAGUCACUUCUAUAAAUACGGCCAGAAAGAGUUCAGUUGCGCUUUUGUUACGAGAAGUUCGCUUUAGGUUGUCUCUGUAAAAUGGCUCGUACUAAGCAAACUGCUCGUAAGUCCACUGGAGGGAAGGCACCUCGAAAGCAGCUGGCUACAAAGGCAGCCCGCAAAAGUGCUCCGGCCACUGGUGGCGUGAAGAAGCCUCACCGUUACCGCCCAGGCACCGUGGCUCUGCGGGAGAUCCGCCGCUACCAGAAAUCUACAGAGCUGCUGAUCCGCAAGUUGCCCUUCCAGCGGCUGGUGCGCGAAAUCGCGCAGGAUUUCAAGACUGAUCUGCGCUUCCAGAGCUCGGCCGUGAUGGCCUUGCAGGAGGCGAGUGAAUCUUACCUUGUGGGACUGUUUGAGGACACUAAUCUGUGCGCCAUCCACGCCAAGCGUGUGACCAUCAUGCCCAAGGAUAUCCAGCUGGCUCGCCGCAUCCGUGGGGAGAGGGCUUAAGCUACUAUGAGGAGCAAAAAAAAUCCAAAGGCUCUUUUAAGAGCCACAUGUAUUCUCAAUGAGAGCUGUAAUAACACUUGUUACUGA